AGCAAUGUCAGGACAGCCCUUCACAGGACCUUCUCCUGCCUCCUUCUCGAUCCUGGUCUCGUAGUCCCUCUCCCAGCCGACGCUCCCGUUGGUCCCUCAGAAGCCUGCUCAGCAGAGACUCUGACUGGGAGAGCUGCAGGUUAGUGAGCUGGAUUCACCCUCCAAAAACGACAAGAUAUAAAAAAAAAAUUCGAUAGGAAAAAUAAUGAAAGAAAGUGCUGGUGUGCAGAAUUUAUUUACUCCCUCAGGCCUAAGUUGAAGUGUUUUUUUUUAUGUUUCAUUAAUUCAGUUAACAGUUCUCUCUUUGGGCUCACAUAAACAGCAGCAGGGCCACAUAGGGUUAAGUGACUUAGAGCAGGACAUCCACAACAUCAGCACUAUGUUUCACUGUCUCGUGGGUAUUCUGCCCUUAUAGAUCUGUUAAACCUCAGCCAAUUUGCAUUCAGGCCCUCUGAGACCAGAUUUGCCUACAACGACUGACUAGAUUGAAAAGCCUCUCAUUUGUGGAUGUUAAUGGGGAAUAAAAAGGCCUUACAUCUGACAGAUUUAGGCUUAGUCGACUUUUCUCAAAUGGCUCACCGGGCCAACUAUUUUGGAAUAGGGUGGAGUUAAUUAGCUAAUGGUUAAAACUAGGGAGGACAGAUUACACUGAUAAAAUCCUGAUUAAAUUGAGUGGGUUCAUGGUACGCUCUGACGUCAGAUUAAAAAAAAAGCAGGCCAACAAACAGAUAGUAGAAUUCCAGUGAUGAAGCAAGAAAUGUACUUAAAACUAAGAAAACAUACAUACUACAUGUGACUGGCAAUAGAUUGGCAUUUUAAAAGAAUAAUGUAAGUUUUAAGGAAAGAUGGGCUCUUUUAAACAAGCAAAACAGCAAGGUUAUGUUAACUGUAAACAAAGUGAGACUGCUGUUGUGACAACAAGGAAAGACAGCUCAGUCAGUCACAAGGAGCUAGAGGCGUGGCUCAUGCACCAUUUAUCCAUCCUCUGAAGCAUGACAUCACCCUCAGCCAAUGGGAAAGUGCUCUUAGUCUGAUGAUGUCAUGUGAGUCCAAUCAGAGGAGGUUCUGGACAACACUGCAGUGAACUGCAGAGGGUGAUUCUCUUGUGCUCCAUAUAAACAGCUGUGCCCUUGUUAUUUUAAUUUACACAUCAUUUAAUUGACCCAGUCCUUGGUAUCGAUGAAACAUAUCUAGAUCUAGAGUUUUGACCCUUCCAUUAAUGGUUUGACAACGGACUUUAGUAGUGACAUAUGUUUAUGUAGCUUGAAAAGCAAAUUAAAGAUUUAGGUUGAAAUGAUUACAAUUAUGUUAAGCACAUAUACGCCUUUUCAUAAUGAUAAAGCUUUAAAUGUUAAAGGCUGCAUAAACCAUAAUUCAGAUAAGCCAUAAAAGAAAUCCUUCCAAAUAUGUUGUUUGUCCUCACUAAAGAAAGUUCUAGUUGACUGAGUGUAUAUAUCAUAUAUAUUUUUCUUGUUUAAAAGUGGAACCUUUUGCUGAUUAAAAAAACUGUGGGCAGCUUGCAAAAGCCACUCAAAAGCCACUCAAGAUGCUAAGAUUAUUGUGAACCACAGAUUCUCUAAACUAACAAUUUUCAUCAUUGGCUGGAUCAGUUUGUGAAAGGGAUUGGGACAAUAUUCACUCUUGAUUUCAACACAUCAAUAGAAAAAAAGUUGUUAUUUUAUGAUAUGUAAUGCAGGAGCUCAAAGUCUACGAUGAUGAGCCAUUUAUAUGUCCAAAUGCAGCGGGGACUCUUCCACAGAGUCCACCAUGGUGCUCUGCCAUGUUUUUGAGUGCACAAACCAAGUGCUGGGUUUUGAUCGAACUUUUUAGUGGCUGUGACCAGGUUGAGACAAGAGGCGUUCAGUUGGCUGGACUCUACAACCACACAGGUAGAUGCCACUAAGUCCUGCACACUGAACCUUAAAGUCAAGCAAUGUCAGAUGUACUUUACACUAGUUGGAUGCAACUUUGUGUCUAAAAACCCAUAUUAAACUAUUCAGACGACUAUAUAUAUAUAUACCUAAUAUAUGCUAGCGGCAUAUACCUAACCUCUAUAUAGGUUAUCCCAUGUUAUGAUGUUCAUCUAAAAGAUGUACAGGUCCGAACAGCGCUUAUGUGCUGCAGACAUUAAAACCAGGCCAGCUAUAAAGUCUCUUGACAGGCUGUUGCACAGCAAAUUACUUGUGUUUUUGUCUUCAUCUAGAGUUAGCGUUGAGUGGACACUACAUGAAGGGUAUGCAUUAGUGAUAGUAUUUAGAGAGGAUGCCAAAAGAGCUAAAUUACGAAGCUGUGACUGUCACUUGUAAACAAACUGGUGUUAGAGCUGGCUGAAAUAGUUUUCCUAUGAUUUAUGUUGUGUCUUAUGUGCUUGCCACUUUUCAUUUUAGGCAAUUGCAACAAUUUAUGAAAGACGUCAUAUUAUUCGACCAAAUUCUGUCUCUUGACCUUGGCAAGAAGUGACAGAUCUCUGCCUAUGUGACUACUUGCAGUUCAAGGGUACUGAUGAAAACAAACUGAUAGCGGUUGCCAGAGCUUGGAGUGUUUUUAUGGGUGAUAAAUAUAUUCACUGAUAUGCUGUAUUGAUAUGCGAGUAGUUUUCUAUAUAUAGAAGUGACCACAUUUCCUCACAGUUUCCGGUUGGUAAUUUUCUGUCUGCACUGUUUGUUCCCAGCCUUUGAGUAUUGCAGUUGAAAAAGAUAAUUGGAGACAGUUUGUGUGUUAACAUGCACUCAGUUUGAUUCUUAAACAGCCUUCACAUGAUAUGCAACUUUGCAGACGAUUACGGAGGCUGAGUGCAGUGCAGCUACAGGUCAUUACCAUUUCAUUGUUUCUUACAUUCUUCUGCAACUACAAAUCAGCAUCACCAGAGCAGCGUGAUGGGAUUUACUGUUGCUAAGCUGGCAUUCUCUGGUCACAGAUUGUUUAUAUAGAAGUGUUUGUGAUAUGAUACAAUUACAGUGCCUGUCACUGUGUCUGAAAACCACCUUUUUUUGUCACUCUCCUGCCUAUAUGUGUUGGUUACACUCGGCUCUUAUCUCACUUUUAAAGGUCAGCAACAGCCCAGGUCAAAGUUGACAUGAUAAUAACCUGUUUUCUGAUAGUUUUUUUUCUUUCACUGUUCCUGCUCAAUAUCUCAAGUCCAGAACAAUUCUAUGUCUUCUGAACACAUUUUCAGUGAUCAGCUUUUCUUGCUUUUUGACAGCUUUUUGUGUUAUGUUUAGCAUAUACCCUAGACUCUGAUUUGCACCAUGCGUAUGCCAGAACCUACAAUCUCCUUGCUAGCCUAAAGAAAUCAAUCUAUUCUCUCUAGAAGUUCACUUGUGCUGCUCUCCUUUCUGGUUCUGCUGAACUACGAGGUUUUCAGUUGGCAGGAAGGAAAAGGCUUACGAAUUAGCACGUUCACAUCCUGUAUGUUUUGGUGGCUGUUCUUCUAAAAUGCACUCUGUCUCCUUGCCCACCCUGCCGAGUGUGGGCCAUUGGUGAACUUCAGAAAAGCAGAUUACACAGAGGGAGACAGAAUGGUGGAGAUGUGGGCCUGGCUCAACCCAACAUGGAUUAUGAUGUGGACUCUAAUCCAGAGGGAUGGACAGAGAGAUUGCGGGUUAAGGGAUUGUGUGGGCUCUGGGCUUUGACCAGGUGGAUUCAUUACAGGCAGCCAUGGUCUCUGUAUUUACAAUGCAAGUCAUGUUUUAGCCUUUACUUUUAGUGUAUGGUGCUAUGCUUAAUGGCCUCCAGCUGAUAGUCUGAAUGAGUUUAUACCAAAAAAUGGACAACCUAACUUCAGUGAAUGAUUGAUUAUUUUUAUUAAUUAUUAAACUGCCAUAAUCAAAGUGCCCAUGACAGUUUCCCAGAGGCGAUGUCUUCAGAUUGCAAGUUUUGUUCGAGUAACAAUUCAUGACACAGAGAUGUUCAAUUUGCUAUCAUGGAUGACUAAGAAAGCCUGCAAGGGUAACAUUUGACAAGUCAGAAUGACUGGGGUUUUGGCACUGUUGUUUAAAAAUUACACAGAUCGUCACACUGCGGGAAGCAGUACAGAUCCCCACAAAUGAAUGGGACUAACACUGACUAGAACAAGCACGUAGAGCCCGCAAAGGUCGGUAUUUCACCUGUGGAAAAAAGCCAUUCAUCACAAAGAUAAUUGUUAGUAGUAGCCUGCUGUCUGUGAGGUACAGGUUCCUCUGAAUUCAGAUUAAAUCCCUUAGUUUUGACUGUCUUAUCAUCCAUAUCGGUGUUCCCAGUUCAGCACCACCUCACUGUAAGGACAGAAAAAAAAAAACAAGCAAGGCCUCACUCAACACAUGGAGCCACCUCCUCCCUCCCCCCCCCCACCUUCUCCGUAUUUGCAGAGGGGAUUACGGAUGGACUCAGACUGCAGCCCGUGACCGGGUCCUGCUAGCGGCAUAGAGAGCAGCGGCCCGUCCGGUAACUUAACGUUACCUGGCUGUGAGGCGCAGGGGCGUCGGCAACGAUGGGAAAUUAAGAUUCGACCGCGAGACGGCGGAUGAUGGCCGCAUUUAUGCCCUGGUGCGAAGCGAAGAAAACAAGGCUUAAUAACUGAGAUACACCCCUAUAGCGCCUGGCUUGCUUUAGCUUCUCACAGGAACUCCGGUGCCAUAUUGAAGCAAUAGCACAGCAACGCGUGUGCGUUUGUGUCUUUCUGUGGAUAUCUGUUGGAUCGCAAACGCCCCAUGACAUGUUCGAUACGGCCAGUAACUCUCCACGCAGCACACCAGGCAGCUCUCCCUCUCUGCGGCGCAGGGUCCUUGGGGGUGGCAGGGCCAGUGAGAGCGAGGGAGGAGGAGAGAAGAACAGUGGUGGUGGAGGAGGAGGAGGAGGUUCAGAUAGCCCCCUGCCCUCCAUACCAUCUGCCUCCUCCCUCACAUCCGCCUACCCACUUGCUUCUCGCCACUUCAGCCGCAAUGCCAAGAAAAUGCAGAGCUGGUACAAUGUUCUCAGUCCUACAUACAAACAGCGGAACGAGGAUUUUCGUAAACUCUUCAAGAAACUUCCUGACACAGAGCGACUUAUAGUGGACUACUCUUGUGCUCUGCAGAAGGACAUCCUUCUUCAGGGCCGCCUUUAUCUGUCAGAGAAUUGGCUCUGUUUCUACAGUAACAUCUUCCGCUGGGAAACCACUAUCACUAUCCUGCUGAAAGACGUGACCUCUAUGACCAAGGAGAAGACUGCCAAGCUCAUACCAAACGCCAUCCAGAUCAGCACUGACAAUGAGAAGCACUUCUUCACAUCUUUUGGAGCAAGGGAUCGCAGCUUCAUGAUGAUUUUUCGUCUGUGGCAGAACGCACUGUUGGACAAGUCUCUGUCUCCCAAAGAGCUCUGGCACAUCGUACAUCAGUGUUACGGCACUGAACUCGGCCUCACUAGUGAAGACGACGACUAUGUCUCCCCCACUGCCGAACACAUGAACGGCCUACUGCCAGGAGACGAGUCAGUGUCCGUCACAGAUCUGCUAGACCUGAGCUCAGUGUCGGUUCCCUCCACGGGCAGCUCUCCCCCUCCCCUGGUGCCCUGCGGUCCAGCCAGCCCUUCCUCAGCUACCAACCUCGGAGGCUCCUCUCCCCCUUCCUCUGCCUCCUGUCUGCCCAUAGAGGUGCCUUCCUCAUCUGGACGCAGACUCAGCUCUGACCUCCUUGAACCCAGCCCGCCCAGCUCCCACAUCUCGCUGCCAUCGACCACUACCACCAACGCCUCUGCCUCUGCCCCAACCUCUGCUGCUGCCUCGUUUAACUUGGAAGAGGGUGGGGACAACCUGUCUGAGUCAGCAAUUCACAUGAUGCCCCCGGCAACCACCAGUAUCGGAAACCUCUCCUCACUGGAUAUCACCAAUGAUGAGGAAUUGCCCACAGACCCCAGUAACUCCUCUGACACACAAGAAGAGAGUGAAGUGGAGUCGUUCUGCGCCAACCUGAGCGGGAGGCUGCACAUUAACACUGCAGUUCGCAUGAGCGUCGAUAAGCUGCACGACCUGCUCUUUUCUGCCGACACACACUUCAUCCAGCACCUCUUUUCCCAGCGACACUUUACUGACCUGUCGGUGGGUGAAUGGCAGAAGGACAGCAGCAGUGGGAACACCAGCCGAGUGCUGAGCUACACCAUCGCCCUCAACAACCCUCUCGGUCCUAAGACCGCCCCUGUGGUGGAGACUCAGACGUUGCAUAAGAGCAGCGCCCGGGGCGAGUGCUACGUGGUGGACUCAGAAGUCAUCACCUCAGGCAUCCCUUACCAGGAUUACUUCUACACUGUCCACAGAUACUGCCUCACCUCCAUCAGCAAGCAGAAGAGCCGCCUCAGAGUUUCCUCAGACAUCUGCUACAGGAAGCAGCCCUGGAGUCUGGUGAAAGCACUGAUUGAAAAGAACACCUGGAGCGGCAUUGAGGAGUACUACAGGCACAUGGAGAGCGAGGUGUGCAAGCUGGAGACACUCCUGCAGUCUGAGGUUUCCGUGGUAACAGCAGGCGAAGCGGUGGGCGGCGACGCCACCAAGACCCCACCGGCCCUUCGGCGCCGCAAACGCACCUGCUCUCGACGGCAGGGCGAGAAGGAGAGAGAGAGGGAGGGAGGAGGCACCGGCACCGGGGACCGAGGGGAUAGAGGAGUCGGAGAGGAGAGGGACAGGAGAGAAGCCAGUGCUCAAUAUAUAAAGCUGGGGGAGCGUUCCCGUGGUGGAGGACAGAACAGUAUAUCCACCAUCCUCCUCAUCGUCAGCUUCAUUCUGGUGGUGCUGGUGGCUCUCAACAUGCUGCUGUUCUACAAGCUGUACGCUCUGGAAAGGGCAGCCCAUACACUUGAGACGUGGCACUCCUAUUCUGUUGCUGACAGUCCUUUGCCCCAGACAGCUGGCGAGUGGGCUCAGGUCUUGCAGCUUCAGAGACAGUUUCAUCAGGCUCAGCUCAGCAAGUGGCAGCAGAUCCUGCAGUCCUCUGUCACGCUUCUCGACCAGAUGAAGCAGUCUUUAGAAAAGCUCCACCGGGGCAUCGCGGUCCCAGAGGUGCAGCAGGAUCCUCCCGAUGAUCCUCUCACAGAGUCCCUGACUGAGGCCUGAUCCCUGCUUCGUCUGGUCGACGUUUUCCCCUGACUGUCCGCGGUAGGAAGGAGGGGGCUGGUCAGCUUGGAUCAGGACCCAGUUUGCUCUUUCCCUCAUUUCCAAAAUUGACAACCAGGAGUGGGACAUGCGGAGGGGCACAUUGUUACCCACAUCUCUCCUCGCCUGACUGACUUGAAAUGGCAACGUUUGCCUUCAGCCUCAACCAGAAACAACUUCAGUGAACUCAUUCAGACUGAAAGGACCACAGCAAUAAUUUACUACAGCUGCAAGUCAUCUGUACGUGUACUGUACGGGAACAGGCCACUGGUGGGCCGUUUCAGUCCAUCUGCUCCUCAAGAUACGUUUCAAAACGGUCAGCUUCAUUUCAGAACAACUUUUCAGACCUCCUUGAUUCUCAGAAGCCCCUCAUUUUAUGACUAUCACAGACUUCACCUCCUCUUCUGACACGCAACAUUUCAUAGGUCCAGUGGGAAGGGGUUCCUCCCUCCUCGUCUUGGGAACAGUCGGUUACCUUUGUCUCUAGUGAACGCCUGCUGAUGUAAAAGGAGGCGGGGGGGUGCACCACCCGCUGUGUGGAUGUGAUGAACGAACACUCAGAAGGUAGAGGGGAGAGGGCUGACAGGAGCAGGACAACUCGCUCGCUCUUUCUGUCAGGGACUUGUCCUUCCACGUCCAAGUUGAGCCCCCACCCCCUCCCCUCCCCUCCCCUCCCCUCCCCAAAAGGCCAUCUGUCCUCUGUGAAAGGGGACGAGCAUCAGAGCAUCAGACACUUGACUUUUCACCCUUGCGUUUCAGCUGUAACUGAUCUGAAUCAGCUGUAUCUGAAGGUGAAUCCCAAACGCACUCCAGCCCUCAUCCCAGUCCUGUCUGGGUUUUAUCGUUUUUCAAAAUCAGUGUGUUGGGUUGUUCGUUAGGACAGCAAGCUGCGUCUGAAUGUUUCUUGGACUGUUACAGUAUUUAUUAUUACCAAUGACUUGAUUUGAAGUCCUGUCCUGCUCUUAAGAAGUCAUUUGGUGGGUAUUUUGUGUUCUGAUUUGCUGUUGCGGUGUGGACCAAGAGGAGCUACACGAGAAGGAUUACUGUCACAGCAAUAAUGACUAUAGUGACUCUAGUACUUUUUGAAUGUUUCAAACAAAGUAGUAUAUAAUAAUAAUAAUGAUGAUGAUGCAUUGUGAGUGUGAAUGUGUGUAGAGGCAGUGCAAAAAAAAAAAAAGCCAACAAAAAAACAAGCAAAGAAGAUUUCGACUUGAAAGUGCGCGCGUGUUCACCUCAAUGUUACAUUUUCAGGCGUUCCAUUUUCAUAUUAGCGUUUCUCGAGUUAGUUUUUGGAGAUUUCACUUUCGCGUACUGUUGCUCUGGCAUUGUAUCACAGGGGCAGACACCUUUAACAUUUCCGAAUUUACUGUAGACAUAAUCAGGUAGAAGCCAAAAUAUCAAAACAGUUGCAUUGCUGUCCGACUUGACAUUUCAGAACAAAAGGACCAACCAGAAUUUUUAGGCCCAGGUGAAGAAAAAGGGAAUCUGACUUGGAAGUAUUUUCUUGUGUGUGUGUUUAUUUGUAAAAUUAUUUUGACUCGCUUGUUGUUGUUGUUGAUGUUGAUUUUUUUUUCUUUUUUUUUUUUUUGAAUUCCUUUUUCAUUUUCUAUCUUUAUUAUUCUGUUGUCUUUAUUUGUGUUGUUCACUCUCAGCCACUCCUCUCCGUCCUCUUGACUCUGAUUUUUGUGAAAACAUUUCACUCAUCUGUUCUCCGUCUUCUUCUUCUCGUCUCAUCGCUCAAGCUCACUCUUCCUCUCUUUCCUCUGUGCUCUUCCCCUUCACUCUCUCUUUCUCUCUCUGUCUCUCUCUCUCUCUCUGUCUGUUUCACCGAAAAUGGCGACUACAAAAGCAUGUGGGCCAUGCUGUGCGUGGCCAUCCAUGGAUUACAGAAGGGUGUAGUAUUUAUUUAGGGUGGGGGUUGGGGGUAGAUGGAGACAGAGAGAGAGAGAGAGAGACGGUUCGGGAGUGGGGAGGAGAAUGUACUGUAAAGAUGUGAUUGUACACCACGCCAAGGAGAGAAAUGAAAAGUUCUAAAACAUG